AUGGGGGAUAUCGACCCACGCACAGCCCAAGGGGGGCUUCACAUUCUUAUUGCUGGCGCUGGUAUUGGAGGCUUGGCCGCUGCCAUUGCUCUCCGGCAACAAGGCCACCGUGUUGAGUUGUUCGAACGCUCCAGGUUUGCAAAUGAAAUUGGGGCAGCCAUCCACCUUACACCCAAUGCAAACUCUGCGUUGCUUAGAUUGGGGAUCGACGGCACCAAGUUUGGGGCUGUAGAGACCGAGCAGCCUCUGGCUACGAUCGACAACAAAGCGCAUGCAGGGAAAUGGAGACAUAAAUGGACACUGGUUCAUCGAGCCCACCUGCACGAAGCUCUGAAAGUUGCCUCCCAGGCUCCUGGCCCUGGUAUACCUGCUCAGUUGCACACAUCGAGCAAGAUCGUAGACAUUGAUCCAAAGAAUGCCACGGUGACUCUCGAGAACGGGGGAACUUUUAAGGGUGAUAUCGUUAUCGGAGCGGACGGUGUCCACUCCCUUGCAAGGUCGAAAUUACCAUUUGCGAUGGACAUCAAACCUUUCAGCUCUGGAAAGAACGCAUUUCGCUUUCUUAUAAAGCGUCAAGAUGCCCUGGAAGAUCCCGAGACCCGUUCACUUGCUAUGGUGUACAGUUCAGUAGACAUGUGGGAUUCUGACGAAAAGCGCGUGGUCAUUUACCCUUGUGCCAACAAUGAGUUGCUUAACUUUGUUUGCAUUCAUCCCGACUCGAUGAGCACGAUUAACACUUCUUCUGACUGGAACCAAGAAGCUAGCAAAGAGGCCCUUCUCGAAGUUUUCAAGGAGUUCAACCCUCAGGUACUCAAGAUGCUGGCAAAAGCCGAUCCUUACACCUUGAGGGUGUGGCCUCUGUUGGAUAUGGAAACCCUUCCCACCUGGGUUGAUGACCGACUUGCAAUUAUCGGAGAUGCAGCUCAUCCCUUCUUGCCAUAUCGUGCAUCCGGAGGGGCGAUGGCAAUUGAGGAUAGUGUUUCCCUGGCUGUCAUGCUGUCCCACGAUGUAACCCGGGAGGAGAUACCAGAAAGGUUGAAGCUGUAUGAGAAGGCUCGUCACAAUCGAGCCAGCACUGUGCAGCAGAUGACACGCGAUUCUUCCAAGCCGCAAUCAGUGGAGACAAUGGAAGCAAUGACGGACUAUAUUUAUGGCCAUGACGAAUUCGACUACUCGACUCAGCUUCUGCGCAAGCACCUCUGGAACAAACUCCCAGCCAAAUACUGGCGUCAGCCCAUCGUCUUCGGUCCCAUGCCCGGUCCCAGACAAGACUGGUGGGGCCGUAACCGCGUCCAGAAGUCACUGAAGUCGACGUUCCAGACAGCGUCAAUUCGCUUCAAGACCAGUCGGACACUACUGCAGAACCUACUUCCCAACGAGAGGUAUUCUUUCACCGACCCAAGCACUGUGGCCUAUGCCAGCUUCUCGCAAACGAGACUUCAUGGAAUGGACUGGCUCGGCGGCGGCGGCUACCGUCACCUAGGUCUUUACAUCGAAGGCGUGCAGUAUAAGAAAACAGACGGCGAAGUAGUCAAAGGGCUGUACCUGCCCAUUCUCUUCGAAAGUCUGACUGAUCCGAUCGUGAGUGGCCGCGAAGAGCUCGGCAUGCCCAAGCUGUACACCGCCAUCGAGGCACACGAGCGGUCCAAUUCGUAUCACCUCACGACCAGCUGGGAAGGUGCUGUAUGGGGUCACUUCCAUUUAGAAGACCUGGAGGACCAAGAUUUCAGCAUGAAUCCCCCUCAAAACAUUGGUAAGGGUGAUUUGAUAUAUCGCUACAUGCCGCAAGUUGGACGCGCAAACAAGGGACAGCCUGAGGCUGAGUACCCCGUGCUUGUGCCACAAGAGGAGGAGCAGAAAAAUAUUCCUUCGAGGAUAACUCGGCUCCGGACGACCAAGAACGCCCGAUUUGAGAUUGAUGCACUCAGCUGGGAAGCAUUGCCAACACUGCAUCAUGUCAUUUCACGGCUGGCUGAGAUUCCGGUGGAUGAGAUUGUUUCUGCCAAGGUAGUUGAAGGCGAGGGGGUGGCAGAUGUGUCAUGCGCGAGACGUAUCGAUUUCUGUGUCACGUAUACCGUGAACCAUGACUACAAGUACAGGCUAGAGUACGCCUACUGCUGUCGGCGUCAAUAUACGGCGAGUUAUGUCUGA